UGAAUGCUGUCAGGUCCAAUGUUUUGUGUGCAACUGGAGGAGAGGCUGCGGAAUGAAUGGUGGGGGAGUUCGUCCAUAUCUAUAUAGAGGCCUCAAGGAAUGAGCAAAGAAAACCCAGCAAACAAGAAUAAUAAAACAGUGAACUAAGGUCAUAAGGAUCAUGACAAGUUAUGUAACUGUUGAGUGUUUGAUCUUCUUGAUGUUCUUCUGCUUUGCAAGCAAUCCUGCAACGUGCUCGAUCAACGAAGUAGAUUUACGCGCACUGCUGUUGUUCAAGGAAAACAUUGUCGAUUCAAGAGGGGUGUUAGACUCGUGGAGAUACAAUGGAACUGCCAACUACUGCACUUGGAAAGGCAUUUCUUGCAGCAGCAUGCAUAGAAGAGUUGUGUCCAUCGACCUCGAUUCUCAAGGCUUGGUGGGAUCCCUUUCGCCUCAUCUAGGUAAUCUUUCCUUCCUCAGGAGCAUCAAUCUCCAAAACAACAGCUUUCAUGGCCCCAUCCCGCAAGAACUCGGUCGCCUAGGACGACUUGAGUACAUAAAAUUUAGUAACAAUUCUUUUGAUGGAGAGAUACCGAGAAACGUGUCCCAGUGUCAAAAUCUUUACUAUCUUGACUUGAUAGACAAUAAACUUACGGGAAACGUGCCGUCUGAGCUCAGUUCUCUGUUGAAACUUGAAGUUCUAGGCCUAUCAAAGAACAAUCUUUCAGGAACUAUCCCAUCAUUCAUCGGCAACUUUACGUUUCUGAGAGAACUUUCCUUGGCCAAUUGUGGCUUCCUGGGAGAGAUUCCUGAGUCAUUAGUCCAUCUCCAAAAUCUGGAACGCCUCAGCUUAGAUAAAAACAGGUUAAUUGGCAUAAUCCCAUCUGGUCUUUACAAUAUCUCUACUAUUCGUUACUUUUCUUUUUAUUCUAACCAGCUCCAAGGAACCAUUCCUUCUGAUAUUGGCUUCACACUUCCUAAUUUACGGUAUCUUAGUCUUGGUGACAACAAUUUUACUGGAUCUCUUCCAGUUUCCUUGUCAAAUGCUUCUUUUCUUCAAGCCAUAGGCUUAUUUGAAAAUAGGUUUACUGGGCCAAUGCCAAAGAAUCUUGACAGACUUUCGGAUCUAUGGGUCUUGUCCAUUGCAUUAACUGAUAUUGAAGAUGACAUCAGUUUUAUUUCAACCUUGACAAACUGUACUAGACUCAGAGCUAUUGAUAUCUUGGGUAAUUUUUUAACAGGUUCGUUGCCACAUUCCAUUGCCAAUCUCAGCACUCAAUUAAGCAUAUUAUCCAUGUCUAGAAACCUGAUACACGGAACCAUUCCUUCAGGAAUAGGAGACCUUACAGGACUGAGUGUUUUGAAUCUUGCAUCCAAUCUUUUUAGUGGCCCUAUCCCUUGGUCCAUUGGUGGACUCACUAAGUUGCAAGAAAUUUACCUAGACGAUAACAAAUUUACGGACGAGCUACCAUCUUCACUCGGUAACUUGACUCUGUUGAACUUACUUUAUGUCCACAAAAACAACAUUUCAGGAAGCAUACCUCCGAGUCUUGGUAACUGUUAUGAUCUUUUAAUAUUAUAUCUUUCUAAUAAUAACCUCAGUGGUCCAAUACCCAAACAAAUAGUGAGUCUUUCUUCGAUUUCUAUUUUCCUUGAUCUAUCCAACAAUAACUUAGUGGGUUCUAUUCCAUCUGAAGUGGGUUCCUUGAGAAAUCUUGGAGGCUUAGAUUUUUCGAACAAUAGAUUAUCUGGUCUUGUUCCAAGCACUAUAAGCAGUUGCAUAAGCUUGCAACAACUUUACUUAGGCGGAAACUCAUUUCAUGGUGAAAUACCACAAGGGUUGAGCAGGUUGAAAGUCUUACAAGAGUUGGACCUUUCAAGAAACAGUUUUUCAGGGCUCAUACCGAGUUUCUUGGGAGAGCUAAGUUUAGCAAAGCUGAAUCUUUCAUUCAAUAAGCUUCGAGGGCCAGUUCCAGUGGAGGGGGUCUUCCGAAAUGUUAGUGCAGUUUCACUUAAGGAGAACACUGAGUUAUGCGGAGGCAUUUCAGAGCUGAAACUUCCUCCUUGUCCACCAACGAAUCUCAAGAAGAAAAACUCUCACAUCCCAUUGAAAAUCAUAGUUCCUGUUUCAGUUUCUGGAGCCAUAUUCAUUGCUAUCAUAGCAUUCUCAUACCUAUUCAUUCAGCGCAAAACAAAAUUAAGAAACGACCUAUAUACCUCGUCGUUUGAAAGCCAGUUUCAAAGACUUUCUUACGCAGACCUUCUCAAAUCCACAGAUGGAUUCUCUGAAGCUAACAUGAUCGGGUCCGGGAGAUUUGGGUCAGUUUACAAAGGAAGCAUCGACAAUGGGAACACAACAGUAGCAGUUAAAGUGCUCAAACUAAACGUUCGAGGAGCACACAAGAGUUUUACGAGGGAAUGCGUGCUGAGAGGUUUGAGACAUAGAAACCUCUUGAAGAUACUAAGUAUCUCAGUUAGCAUUGACUAUCAAGGCAAUGAUUUUAUGGCAUUGAUUUAUCAAUUCAAGGCUAACGGGAGCUUGGACAAAUGGCUGCACCUGGAUACUGACGGACGACAUGAGAAUAUGCCGUAUCUUACUCUGAUGCAGAGGCUGAAUAUCGCCAUUGAUGUUGCAUCUGCGGUUGAGUAUUUGCAUAAUGGCACCGACUCAGCUGUAGUGCAUGGUGAUUUGAAGCCAAGCAACAUACUGUUGGAUGAUGAUAUGACUGCCCAUGUUGGUGAUUUUGGACUGGCCAAAGUGAUAUCCAAUGUUUCAAGCGGCUUGGCAACUGCUGAAAGCCAUUCAGUAGCAAUAAAGGGAACUAUUGGCUAUAUUGCUCCAGAAUAUGGAAUGGCUGGUACUGUUUCGAUACAAGGGGACGUAUAUAGCUACGGUAUUCUUUUAUUGGAGUUGUUUGCAAAUAUAAGACCGACAAGUGAUGUACUAAUUAGUGAUCACGCAAGUCUUCACAAUUUUGUCGCCACUAAAUUAGAAUUAGAUCGUGUAAUGGAAAUUGUGGAUCCGCUUAUCUUGCAAAAAGAACAUCACAUGAUCAAUAGUAGUAUUAGGGGUUGUGUGGCUUCUAUACUAGGAAUUGGAGUGGCGUGUUCGAGAGAUUUACCUCAAGAUCGAAUGGUGAUAACAGAUGUUGUUAGCCAACUUGGACAAAUAAGAAUGACAAUUCUAGCUAAAAGGUUGAGACCUCACAAUUAAAAAAUUAUAGGUUCAUGUUCUGUUGUAAGUUCAAGUUCUAAAAAUGUGAAUCUAUAUUUACGAUUCUUGUUCUUUUCUUUUAA